UUAAAUGUGACGACGAUUACCCUGAUACAACUGCUGAAACUAAUGGUAUUAUCAUAGAUGAUAGGUCUAUUAAGAUGACCAAGAUUAUCUCAUGGAAUAUUAACGGUUUAAAGGCUUGGGUCAAGAAAGAUGGUAUCGAUAAUAUUCAUAAUGAAAAAUGUAAUAUUGUUUGUCUACAAGAAUUUAAGUGCAUGAGGAAAAGAUUACCCAGUGUGAUUAUAAAUUGGAAAACGUAUCAGUAUAAAUACUAUAAUUUUGGCAACAAAAAAGGCCAAUUGGGGGUUUGUAUCUUUAGCCAAAUGAAACCAUUGCAAGUGAUCUACGGAUUCGAAGGUAAUGGGAUACCCGAUGGGGAUGCGUCGGAUGGGUGUCCCGAUGGGGAUGAGUCGGACGGACGUCCCGAUGUGGACGAGUCGGAUGGUCGGGUCAUUACGGCUGAGUUCGAGCGGUAUUACAUCGUCAACGUAUACGCACCUUAUAUCGGUCGCGUGAACCGUUGGCCCAACUUUGUCAUCGAUGACACAAAACUGCAAUCGCGUCGGGAGUGGAAUCGCAAUCUCGUGGAUCACGUCAAACGCCUGGAUCAACACAAACCGGUCAUAAUAUGUGGCGAUUUUAAUGUCGCCCAUAAGGACCGGGACUACGCGGCCGACCACUUGGCCGACAAUCCAGUCGGUGUUAGUGCAGAAGAGAGGGACGAUUUUGAAAGUUUGUUGGACUCAGGGUUUACCGAUUCGUAUCGAUAUAUUCGUGGUAAUGAUGACGAGGAAGACAAAUGUUACACGAGUUGGAUGUACGGCAUUAAUAUGAAGAAUGAUAUCGGCUGGCGAUUGGACUACUUCCUGGUGUCCGAUAGACUAAUCAAUUGUGUUAGCAAUAGUCUAAUCAGAAAGCACGUGCCGGGCUUUGAUCAUUGUCCAAUUGUACUAAGUUUGAAGAUU